GCGGUUCACUUGGCAAAGGCGCAGCAGUGCGCCGCGAUCUCCCUCUCUCAUGGAGCGCUCCGACCUUUGAUUAACGCGUUUAAGUGGAAGACAUACCUACAGGAAAGGUGAAUAAAUCAAAAAAGAAGUAAAUUGCAGUUUUCAGUUUGUUUUGGAGUUUGUAAAGCGACACUUUGCCUCAGUCUCAAGCGUGAAGGACUAUAGAUGCAGUCUAGUUAGUUGACCACUUGAAAGGCUCACACGAAAAUUUGCAAACGGUCCCAAUCGAACUUUUUGUAACCUUUGAGACACAACUGAGUGAAAACAUGGAUUCUUUUGCGCGAAAUGAGACAUUUACGUCUCCCGAGUGCGUCGGAGCGCAGACUGAUGCGCUGCAGAACGGAGCUGGUGACGGGAGCAUGGGAACAUCAAACAUCACCUGCGGGAACGUUUCCACACUGCUCAUUCCUAAACGUGUGAGGCACAAAGAUGAUGACCACACGCUGCGGAUCCUGCUCUACUCACUCAUCUUCUUUCUGAGUGUGUUCGGCAACCUGCUGAUCAUCGUGGUGCUGACGGUCAAUAAGCGCAUGCGCACCGUGACCAACACUUUCCUGCUGUCGCUCGCCGUCAGUGACCUGAUGAUGGUUGUCUUCUGUAUGCCCUUCAACCUCAUCCCCAGCAUCCUCAAGGACUUCAUCUUUGGAGCCGCCAUGUGCAAGAUAGUGUCCUACCUCAUGGGAAUAUCAGUGAGCAUAUCCACAUUUAGCCUGGUUGCCAUCGCGAUCGAGCGCUACAGCGCCAUCUGCAACCCCCUGAAGUCGCGGGUGUGGCAGACCCGUUCCCACGCCUAUCGGGUGAUCGCUGCUACGUGGGUGCUAGCCCUCGUCGUCAUGAUCCCUUACCCAAUCAUCAGCGACUUGGAGUCUUUUCAUCGUCCUGACAACACCACUGCUCACCAGUGUCGCCACAUGUGGCCCCUCCCAAAAGCAGAGCAGGCCUGGUACAUUUUGCUGCUGCUUGUGCUGUUUGCAAUCCCGGGGUUGGUGAUGAUUGUGGCCUAUGGAUUGAUCUCCAGGGAACUUUACAGAGGCAUCCAGUUUGAGAUGGGCCACAAAAAAGACUCUACCGAUGUGAAGAAUGGACUCACCUCCGCUGUGUCUACUGGCAGUGAUGAUGGAGAUGGUUGCUACGUUAAUGUUGUCCAGCGGCCACACUCGAUGGAGAUGUCCACCAUGGCUGCAUCCAGCAGGGCAAUCAAGGCAGAAAGACCACGCAGCAACACGUCCGAGGCCAAGCUGGAGGCCAAGAAGCGGGUUAUCCGCAUGCUGGUGGUCAUUGUUGUCCUGUUCUUUCUCUGCUGGAUGCCUCUGUACUGUGUCAACACCUGGCGGGCUUUUGAUGACAUCUCCGCCAAAAGUGCCCUCUCAGGGACACCCAUCGCUUUCAUCCAUUUGUUGUGCUACACCUCUGCCUGCGUCAACCCAAUUAUUUACUGCUUCAUGAACACACGUUUCCGCAAAGCUCUGCUGACCACGUUCGCGUGCUGCGCUGCACCGUGCCGCCACCACCGCCGCCGUCGUAGUGGGCUACGGGACAACGAGGAGGAUGCUAUGGCAAUGGGAGCGUCCAUGUCUAAGUUCAGUUACACCACAGUCAGCACCAUGGGAACCUGCUGAGGCAGAUGGAUACAGGCAUAAUCCAGAAGAGACAGUUACUGCGGGAACACAGCACCCCACAUCCUUUGUCUUUAGGCCUAUUCUGUACUCAUAGGGACAGUAAUGUGGACUGGAAAAAACAGGCCAAAUAGUGUCGUAGGAUAGAAGCUUCAACCAUGACUGUGAGUAAAGUUAUGUAGGGAUCAUUUAAUGAAACCCAGUCUUACAGUGUAUAUACCUCCAUAGCUAUAAAUGAAAAAAGCACAGAAAAAACCCAGAUUGUACAUUUAUCUGUUGUCACAGUUGACCGAGACAAAUUGGCUGUUGAGAUGUUUACUCAUAUGUGUGUGUGACUUCAGUGGUGGGCUGUAAGGCAUUUUAAUAACUUUGUAGUCAUUAUGUAGCUUUAAAAAAUAGGAAGACUGUUUGCUAUGUAACUUUAAAAUUGUUUUUUUAUACUGUGCGGUCGGUUGUGUAUCUGUGUUAAUGACAGUAAUGUAAUUGCCUUGUGGACUAAGUGCCUGGUUCUAAAUACUAUGUCAUAUUUGUCUAUUGCUGAUUUGUCACACUCAUCAGGGGCACCAUUAUCACAGGCAAAGUGUAGCCCGAAGGUUCCUGGAAGUGGAGUUUAAAGACUAAAAAGAUCUUCUAAACAAACUGAAACUGAAUUUCGUCCUGAUGGGACCCGACAAAAGAGCAGGUUGUCAGUUCUCCAUGGCUCCGUGGUUUGCAGAAAACACUUCAGUGGUAUAAAAAGCUUAGACGGGCAGUGCUGAUGCCUUGUGUUGUGGUUUGAUACUGUAGUGCUAGCCACCUUCGUGUUUUUGGAGACAGCUUUUUCUGUAUAUGCUGUAAUGUUUGUAUUGUGUCCUUGCAGGUGAACACACUAUAUGAGAAGGAUGACUUGGCACUUGAAUUGUGUUUCUUUCUCAUGGGUAGCGAUGUGACCAUUUAACGGGUCCUAUAUUAUUAUAUUCCUGACCGUAUUAGAAAAACACCACUGAGUACAGCAGAAGGUUCUGUGUUUUGCUAUUGCUUUGAGGACAAAACAUGUAUUAGACGUUGAUGAAGUCACUAGUAGUAAGCUUAUAGCUGACACAAAUAUGUUAUAUACGUACCAUAUGGCAACAUGGAUGGGUGAUUUUUAUGUUAAGUUUACUGCAGCCUUAUGCUUUCAAGGAGACAAGUUCCCUUAGUUCAGUGACUUGCAGUCUCUGUUAAUAAAUUCACUUUCAGGUUUACAAAAAUGACAGCCAGGUUUCAGAGGUCUCUGUUGGUCAGGCCCUGUCUAGCGUGCCUGACUCUGGCUCCCCUGCUCACUUCAUACUAAUUGUGUUACAACCUCAACCCUGCCAGGCUGAACAGAUGAGCAUAUUUCACUGAGUGCACCAAAGCACAAUGCUGUCAGCCUCUCAACUAAUAGAUGGAUGCCCAAACUUUGUAAGCAUUUUUUGGAAGAUUCUAAAUUGGCCUGCAGCUUUUGUGGUUUAUUGUGUGCAUCGUUCCCUUUGUAUUCAAAAUAUGAAUCAUAGUGAAGCAUUACUAUGAGAUUAAACUACAGUAAGACAGAAUUUGAUCAGCCGAAAGCUCAAACUACGUUACGGAAAUAUAAAAGCAAAUUACAAUCUUGUCGACACACCUAAACUAGGUCAACAAAAUUGUACAAUUACAUGCUAAUCAAUUAGUAUCUCCUGCAACCUUAUCUUUGCGUGUCCAGUUCAUGUCUAGUGCAGAGAGCAAGACAACGUGACAGCCAAAACAUCACACUGACCGUCCCCUUGUCUCACUGUACAGACAGGCCCCGUCAUCUUUGAAACACAAGAGGCGCACAUUCAACUAGUUGCUGAGUUUGUCUCUGGCCUUGGUGGCCAUGUGCCACAUCUCUUAAAGUGAAUAAGAUAUUUUGCAUGUAAACAGCAGACAGGAGGUAUUUAUGUCUGUGCUGUUGUUUAUGAGUGACACUUGGAAUGUGUGUUUCUUUUCUCGGUGAGAGGCUGAUUGCCAUUUGACGUUCUGAUUUGAUGCCCAAUCCACACCAGCUCAUCCAGUCGCCACAAACACACAUACACAGAGUUCUCAGCUUCAAAUGGUUACUAUAUAUUUAUUUACACACUUGCGCACAAACAAUUACAGACAGAUGCUAAUGAUUAGUUCCUUUCCUCCUUUACAAAAUUGAAAAUUAAUUCUCAGUAUAAAAAUAUCUGUGAUGACAAGUAUGCAGUGGGUUGGAUCCUUAAUUGACAUCUUCCACUUAUGUAUAAAUACACUUCUUUGUGAACAGAAGUACUAAAGGUUACUGUAAACACCGCCUUCAGUCCUUUGUUUAAAAAUCACGUAGGUUAUCAUAUAUUUAUCAUAUAUGUGUAAUGGCAAAUGGGUCAUCCAUCACUGCAGCUACCCUCAGCUACAGUGUUUUUAUUUAUUUUGGAUCAUAUUUUUGGUUUUCCAGCUCUCAUCCUCCAGCUGCAGCAGGCAAGCUGUUUUCAGCAGAUAAUCCAGCUGUACACUAUACAGUAUGUGCACAGCACCAAACAGCACACGGACUACGUUAUUGACUAUUUGGUGAACAUAGAGGAAUAUCUAGCUGCUUAAGAUCAAGAUAUUUUUCAGGGGUUGGUGGAGGCCAAAUCUCGACUUAAAUUUAUUGGGUGACCACAAAAAUAACUCUGAAUUAAUGUAUUUUCCCGGCUGUAUAAAUAGGCAUCUGUUUGCUAACAUGUUAGCAAUAACAACACAGGAUAAUAUGUCAAGCUUGUUCCACUGAACCCAAGAGGUAUAAACAAAUCAUCUACUGCAGCUUUAGUGUUAGUGUUGAAAUACAGCAUCUGAGCUAUCUCAAACGCUGGACAAAUGAAUCUAUCUGCAGAAAGAAAGAGGUGUUAUUAAGAAAAUGGGUGUUUUUUUCAUAGUCAAAUAAGACCUUUUAAGUUCAAGUAAGAGAACACGAUAUUAUAAAUGUCUGCUAUUAUAAUUCCUACUUUGGUGUGUAAAUAUAAAACACAUUGUUAGAGGGAUGAAAGUGUUCACUGAUUACUAUCCUUAAUCAAUCAUGUUCAGUCAAGACAACGAAGUGGCCUUUACAGACUGACAAGUCCUCACUCAUUCUUGUGAUUAUUAUGCCUCUGCUGCUCUCUCCUCUCCACCUAGACUACACAAAACUGUUACCGGCAGCGUUGAUUGAUUUUUCCAUUCCACCGCCAUUGGUCUCCACCAUGUUUAGCUUCCUAUUACCAUUUUUUGAUGAUGGCAUCUCGCACCUUUAGCAUUUUGUGUGCCCAUAUCUCAGUGAUGUGUCUGUUGGGCUCUUGGGGGCUUUAUUGUAUUCUCAGCUAAAUCUCUCACCGCUGCUGAGAUUGCAAAGCAAAGACCAGAGCAUGUUCCUCCAAAUAAAAGUGUAACCAUUUGUUACAGUAAAAUGUUCUUCGAUUCUUUGACACAAGUGUCCCUGAUAAAUGGUGCGUCUGUGCUCAGAGUGAGUGCUGCUAGUGAAUGAUAAGGACACUGUCCACAUGUGCAGCAGGGGGAGUCUCUGGGGCUCAGGUGUUGGCAGGGUCGUAAUUGUUUGAGGAGCAAAAUUGCCUGACUGGGCUACAAAGCCAGUUGGAUUCAUGACAAAUCCGAUAUAAAAAGAGUCUUGGUUAUCUGAUUUGCAAACACAACUCCUUUCCACAAUGCCCUAGCAAUGUAAUUGAACUGUAGCGGUUGGUUUUGCGGUUCGUAUGAAUUUCAGCUUGCCAUUUCGGAGAAGGUAGUUGAUAAUUAAUUACUUUUAAAGUAAGAGAUGUAUUAUUAUCUUGAGGUAUUAAUUAUAGUCCUAUGUUUGAUUUCAUACAAUUUAAUGAGAUGGAUCAUGUCAGCACAUUUUAAACUAAAAUAAAACAGCACUUAAGUUAGAUUUUGACACAGGGCCUUUCUACAAGAUGGCCACAAUAUUAGCUAAUAAUGAAAGUCCUACCUUCAUUGAUAUUGUAUUUUUGUGGUGCAAAUUCACUCACACAUUUGCAAUGAAUCAAGCUACACGGUGUAUUUAGGGCUUUUGGGGGCCCCUAGAUUUCUGGAGUCCCAGGAUAGUUUACAGUUUUGUCUGACUGGUAAUCCAGCCUGUACACAUUUGCUUAUAAAAUGAGAAGCUCAUUUCUGACACAACAAAGGUGUAAUUGUCCCUUGGGAGCACCAGAAAAAAAACUCCACAAUGCAGCCUUUUUUUGACAACAAAAAUCUUUGUUGUCGAGUUUAUGUGAUGACCGAUCUCCUGCACGCGGUAACUUGCUAUGUUAUGUUUUAAUAUAUUCUUCAGUGUUGUAUUAUAAUGAAGAUGUAGUAGUUAUUUCAGCCAUCAUGUCAAUAUGAUCCAUGCAGAGUGAGUGUAGAAAUAAUAAUGUGGAACGUGAUGACGAGGGUUAAAGACCGCGUCGUCUGGGUAUUGUUUCAUUAUUGUUAAUGUUUACUGUCUCUGAGGCAGAUUUUGGAUUAGUGCAGCCAUCUUCCUGUGAACGUCAGCGACGAUACAGUAUGUGGACACACAAGCCUUCUUUAACAACAUCCAAAUAUAAAUUGUAUCCGCUCCAUAUCUGCGCUCAUACCUGCUCAUCUGUAUCAUUAUUAAUAUACACAUUGUAUUCUGAAUUGUACUGAAAUCAGGUGUUAACAACAUGAAAUAUUAAUGUGAAGUAUUCUCUUGUAUAUCGUGAUGUUCCGUGAAGGAAAGAGCUGAUCUUGUGUUUCAGUGAUCUGUAGUAGUACUCCAUGUUUCCAAGCAGCUUGUACAGGCCGCAGGCUCAUAUAUGGGAUGAACAGGGUUGAAGGGUUAGGGAAGAAUACAGGGGCACAUUUAGAUCUACUCGAACGGUCACAGUUGCCAGGCCACCAUUGCCUUAAGUGUGUUUUGAGUGUACAGUUGCUGUAUGUAGGUGUGUGUGUGUGUUUGUAUGUGUGUGUCCCUCAUGCAUUUACUACAUGAUCCACUUUUGUUUGAGGCAAAACAAGAGCUGGAGAUGAAAGCAUUUGGCAGCCUUGUUUCCCCAUCCAUGGUGAAGACAUGGACAGAGCUUUCUGUGACUAUAUUGUUCUUUCUGUGACAACAGUGACAACUUUGAGAAAACAAUGUGAAAAAUAGUUGAUGUGGUUUUCUUGGCUGCUGUCCACACUGUUAUCUUAACAAGUAUGUUUGUGCUGCUAUGACGCUGUAAGGCCUUAGGUGUUGACUUGCGGUUUGGAAUGUGUAGUUUUCCGUUCUGUUUUAUGCUCACGGAGGAGCUUCAACAGGUCUACCUCCCUUAUGACAGGGCAGAUUCAUUGCUAUUAUGAUUGUCAUUACAGCCACUAUUCGUUGUUCCUGACUUAGCAGACCGGAGGGAUGUGCUAUCUGUCAGCAUGAGGAUCAUCUGGAUAACAUUUGUGUAUUUUAAGUAUGGAAAGUGUGUGUGUGUGUGUGUGUGUGUGUGUGUGUGUGUGUGUGUGUGUCAGAGAAGAAGCCAUAUUUAUAAAGUGGAGGCAGAUCGUGCACCAUUUGUCUGGUGUGAUCUUUAAGAUUUAAGGCUUACUAAGUUGGUUUUCCUCAUGUCUAACAUAUACACAUUUUGUGUGUUUUGCUUUCUUUCUCUGUCUCUCUCUCACACACACGGUUAUAAAUGUGUAUGUUGGGUGACAAAAGAGCUGGCUGUACUUUGCUUUUGUGUGUAAUGUUACGUAAUUCUAAUAAAGUCAAAUUAUACCUCUCCUUGUGUAUUCGUUGACACUCUACUGCAAAUAUAAGUCAAUUUUCUUC